AUGAGCUAUCAGUUGUUUGAGGAACAAGAUUAUACGAGUAAAUAUCGGCAACAUCGACCAGGAUAUCCGAAACAAUUGUUCGAAUAUAUAAUCAAUUAUUAUUUCAACGGAAAACGAACAAACGAACAAAUUCCAUUAGCUCUCGACGUCGGCUGCGGCAAUGGACAAGCAACAAUUGAACUGAGCACAUUUUGCGACCGAGUGAUUGGUAUUGAUAUAAGUGCGAAUCAAAUAGCACGCGCAAUUCUCAAAGAUAACAUCGAAUAUCGUUGUCAGAAAGCCGAAGAUCUGAACUUUCUUCCACUGGAUUCCGUUGACUUAAUAACGAUUGCGACAGCUUUGCAUUGGUUAGAUAUUGAACCAUUCAUCGAACAAGUUCAACGUGUCUUAAAACCAAAUACAGGUGUGUUUGCAGUAUGGACAUAUGCAUUGGGAACGUUAGACAACCCAAUAGCUGAUGCUGUUUAUCAUGAAUUCAAUCAGGUGACUUUAUUUCCAUACUGGAAUAGUAAACGAUGGCUAGCAGAUGAUUAUUAUCAAUCACUAUUACCACUAUUACCUUAUAAAUCAACGUUGGUUGAGUACACAAUCGAUAAGCGAAUUGAAACAACACUCGGAAAAUUUCUUGGCUUCAUUCAAACAUUGUCCGGUUUACAAACGUAUAGAAAACAAGAAGGAGAACAAGCUCUGCAUGAUCUCUUAGAAAGAUUACGCGAAAAAUUAAUUGAAUGUUAUGCUAAAACGCCUAAUCGACAAGCAAAUGAUGAAUCUGUUGAUAUGAACUCGAUUAAAAUGACUGUAUCAAGUCCUAUUCGGCUUUAUCUAAUGAGAAAAAGUUUAACAAAAUAA